GUGGAGUUUCGCUGACCGCGCAGGUCUGAUUUAAUUUAAGGAAGUGCCGUGAAACAUUGACAGCAUGUAAGGAGCUGGGACAGAAGCUCAAAGCAUUGACUGGGACUGAGGGCAGUGAAGAAACACAAAGAGAAGUAAGGUGAUGCCCGUAUCUUUUAGGUCAGAAGGUCAUGAGAAUAAAUGAGAAUACGUUGUUGGAAGGAAAAUGCGUUGUGCUGGUGCCGUACGAGAGGGAGCACGUGCCCAGAUAUCACCAGUGGAUGACUUCGCCGGAGUUACAGAAACUGACGGCAUCCCAGCCUUUGACUUUGGAGCAGGAAUAUGAAAUGCAGAGAAGAUGGCGUGAAGAUGAUGACAAGUGCACUUUCAUAAUUCUAGAUAAGAAGAGAUGGGCUGAUCCUUGUGUUCCAGAAGAGGACUGUAUGGUGGGUGAUGUGAACUUAUUUCUCACCGACUCAGAAGACCCCUCUCUGGGAGAGAUUGAAGUAAUGAUUGCAGAGCCUGAUAACCGAGGAAGAGGAAUAGGGAAAGAAGUCGCCCGCAUGAUGAUGUGCUAUGGAAUCACAAGCCUGGGAAUCCACAAGUUUGAAGCCAAAAUUGGAAAAGAAAACCAAGUCAGCCUGGCGUUGUUUCAGAAGUUUCAUUUUCAGGAGGUGUCUUACAGCGAAGUAUUCCAGGAAACUACGCUACAGCUGAGAAUUGAUGAAGAACAAGAGAAACGGCUCACUGGGGACGGGAGCUUCAUGGAAGAAAAGAACUACAGGGAGACAAAGGCGGCCAUCAGACGGGAGCCAUCCGGCCACUCGUGCUGACCGCAGUUGUACCUUCGGCCUUCAAUAAAUCCACCUCUGGAAACGA